AUGACUCCCGAGAUCAUUAACAGCCGUGCGGGCGGCGUGUACAUUCCGCCCUUCAAACUGGCCCGUCUGUCUCAGAACCUAGACAAGUCCUCUCCGGAGUACCAGCGCCAGACCUGGGAGGCGCUCCGCAAAUCUCUCAACGGAAUCAUCAACAAAGUCAACGUGGUCAACAUCGGGAACAUUAUUCCCGAACUCUUCCAAGAAAACCUCGUCCGUGGCCGCGGCCUCUUCUGCCGAGCGCUCAUGAAGGCGCAGCUGACGUCUCCCGGCUUCACGCACGUCUACGCGGCUUUAAUCGCGAUUGUGAACACGAAACUCCCCGAAGUGGGAGAGCUUCUUCUCAAGCGCGUCGUGUUCCAGUUCCGCCGCGCUUUCCGCCGCAACGACAAAUUGGUAGCGGUGUCGCUGUCGCGGUUUAUCGCUCAUCUGGUGAACCAGCGCGUGUCGGAUCCGCUGCUGGUGCUGCAAUUGAUCUUCCUGCUGCUGCAAAAACCCACCAACGACAGCGUCGAAAUCGCCGUCAACGUCACCAAGGAGUGCGGCCAGUGCCUCCAGGAAGACAUUCCGCAGGCGCUCAAUGAGGUGUUCGAGACGUUCCGUCGGAUUCUGCAUGAGGGAUUGAUCGAGAAGCGGACGCAGUACGUGAUCGAGCAGCUCUUCGCGGUGCGUCGCACGGAGUUCGAAGAAUAUCCGCGGAUGGCGCCGGAGCUGGAUUUGGUGGAGGACGGGGAUCAGAUCACGCACACGAUCGAGCUGAACAAGGAGAUCGAUAAGGAGGAGCAUUUGGAUGUGUUCCACGUGGAUCCUAAUUUCGUGGAAAACGAGGAAACGUGGAAGAAGAUUAAGAUGGCUAUUUUGGGAGAAGAUGAAACGUCGUCCGAAGAUGAGGAUGACGAUGACGAAGAUGACAACGAAGAUGACAACGAAGACGAAGACGAAGACGAAGAUGAAGCCGCCAAAGAGAAAAAAGUGCUCAUCGAAGACCAGACCGAUCAAGACACCACUAAUCUUCGUCGCACCAUCUACCUGGUCAUCACUUCGUCGCUUGGCUUCGAAGAAUGCACCCACAAACUGCUCAAAAUCAACCUGCGCGAAGGCCAGGAGAUCGAGGUGUGCAACAUGAUCGUGGAAACGUGCAACCGGGACACGUGGAUGAACCAGUUCUAUCCGAACGUCGCGCAGCGGCUGUGCAUGCUCGAUAAGAAAUGGCAGGACGCGUUCUGUCGCUGCUUCAUCGACCAGUUCGAGAAGAUUCACCAGCUGGCGACGCUGCGAAUCAAGAUCAACGCGAUGUUCUUCGCGUAUUUGUUCGCUGUGGACUGUCUUCCGUGGGAAAUUCUGGGCAUUGUGAGGCUUACGGAGAACGACACCACGUCGUCGUCGCGUAUCUUCUUGAAGGAGCUGCUGCAGAAGAUGAGCAACCAGCUCGGACUCAAGGAGAUGAAUGCGCGAUUCCAGUCCGAGGAGCUGAAACCGCAGCUGACGGGUCUGUUCCCGACGGAGAACAGCAACGACGUGCGAUUUGCGAUUAAUUUCUAUACGUCUAUCGGUCUGGGAGGAUUAACCAAGGAACUCCGAGAAACGUGGGAAAAGCUUAGGGCUGGGUCGAAGAAGAAGUGA